AUGACAAGGAAGGGCUGUGAGAAUGAGGAGGAGGAAAAAUCAGCGGAGGGAAUGAAAGAAGCGGAGGGGAGGAAAGCAGUGGAGGGGGGGACGGGAGCGGAAGACACGAAAGACGCAGAGGGGGACGAAAUGGAAGAGGAGGAGGAGGAAGACGAGGAGGAGGCAGAUCGGGAAGAGGAGGAGGAGGAAGAGAGAAAUGAGGCGAAAGAGACGAUCCGGGCGCCGGAAACGGAGGAAAUUGCGGGACAUAUUGACGGCGAGGUAAUUCGUGCUAGAUUAAUCUCCGAUUUCGUUCGUCAGGGUCCCGUGACCGCUGCCGCUGGAGCUACUCGCUGCCUCGCGGGGGGUACGAGCAUGGGGGGAGGAGGGAGCAGUAAUCUGGUGAAGGCAAAAACGGGAGCGCGAAAGGGGAGAGGGAAGGGGACGAGUAAGGACGGGGUUGAACGAGAGUUGAAGCGGAAGCAGCGAGAGGAAGAGAGGGAGAGGAAGCGACAGAAGGAGGAGGAGGCGAAGGAAGUGAAGAGGAAGAAAAGGGAGGAGAUGGAAGCUAAGAAGAAGCAAGAGGAUGAAGAGAAGGAGGAGAAGCGGCGGAAGCGGGAGGAGGAGAGGAAGAAGAAGGAAGAGGAGAAGGAGCAGAAGCGGCAGCAGGAGGAGGGUGAGAGGCUGCGCAAGCAAAAAGCGCGAGAGGAGAAGGAGGCGAAAAGGAAGGAGGAGGAGCGAGAGAGGGAGCUCAAGCGGAAGAAGCAGGAGGAGGCGGAGGAGAAGCAGCGGGCGGCAAAGCAGAAAGCGGCUAAUUUCAUGAGUCGGUUUUUGGGCAAGAAGAAGGACGAGACUAAGGCAAGGACCGAUAAGAAUACUCAUUCCUCUCCAGCAGCCGCCGCACCUGCCGAUUCCGCCGCUCCAGCGGAACCAGCGCACGCGGGCGCAGCAGCAGGCGGAGGGGCCGGGGAAGCGCCAGGCGCGGGGGCAGGGGCCUCGGGGAGCGGGGCGGGGGAGAAGCCUCCCCCUGCCGCGAAGGCUUCCCCUUUUCUUCCGCCGCCGGCUAGCGCAGCGCGGCUUGGCGCGCCUCUGUCCGCCAGCACAGAGGCCAUUGACGCGCAGCUUGCGCGCCCGUGCGCGCUAACCCAGGCGGAGCUGCUCAGUUCCCUGUGCCAGAAGUGGAACGCACACCACGCCCUUGCCCCCACCGACCCGCCUUCCAAGCCAAGCGCCCAGAGCAUCCGCCGCCGCUGCAGGCACAGGCCGUGGGGAACGCGCAAGCUUCCGCGCGUUGCUCCGCCCGACGUCGGCAGCAGCAGCAGCGCCGUCGGGCGCGCGCAUAAGCAUGCGGGCGCGGGCGCAGCAGCAGCAGCAAAGGCUGGAGGUGCGGCGGGUGUUGCCGGCGGUGGUGUUUCGGUCACUAGUGCAGGAUCGUGCGCCGAUCCUACUGGGGCUGUUGGGCUGGGAAAGAAGGGCCAGGCGGCUAAGGAGGAGGAUGAGGUGAUGCGACUGGUGGGUGGGGAAGAAGGGGGGGCGGAUGGGGGGGAACCAGGAGGUGAUGCGGCGGAAGGAAGGGAUGUUGGUGUGGUGGUUGAAUUGGGGAACGGGACGGGUAAAACCGAGCGGGAGAAGGGUGCGGGGAAGGGGAAGGGGGAGCGGGGAGAAGAAGGGGAAGGGGGCGGAGAUGAGCGUGGGGGAGAGGGGAAGCAGUGGGACGUGCGAAGGAGGGAGCGGAGGCGGAAGAAGCUGCUGCAAUUCGCGGAGAACACAAGGCCUGCGUUUUACGGCACCUACUCCCUCGCCAGCAGUGGUGUGGUGAGGCCUCGUGCACCGUUGCGCAAGGACCCAGUUCUCAACUACGAUGUGGACAGCGAGGCCGAGUGGGAGGAGGUGAGAGUUAUGCGCUUGAAAGAGGAGGAGGACCCGGCAGGCGAAAGCUUGUCGGAUUCCGACGGAGAGGAGGAUCUGGAUAAGAUCGACCCAGAAGAAGGUGGUGAUGGGGAGGACGAGGAGGAGGAGGAUGGAUUUGUGGUGCCAGAUGGUUAUUUGUCAGCGGAUGAAGGGGUGGAUCACGAAAGGGGGGAUAAGCUGGUGGGGCAAGAGAAAGCUAAGCUGGAGGAAGGAAAGCUAGAAAAGCAGAUUCAGCAGCAGCAGCAGCAACAGCAGCAGCAGCAUCUGCGAUACUUGCAAGCCCUGGCAGUGCAAGUGCUUGAACCAACCAUGCUCAUAUCUCUGCCCCUCCUUCCCACCGCUCCAUCUCCAUUUCAACCGCGCAAACGUCAGCAUGUGGUGCUGCCAAAGUGGGGUGGCAAGCGCAAGAGAGAGGCAGGGCCUGGCGCAAUCCGCAGCAGCAGCACAGUUCCUGUAGGGGACACAGGGGCCUUGGGACCCACAAAAGACACAGGAACCGCAGAUGGUGUAGGGAAUGUAGGGAACGCAGCGAGUGCAGGGAACGGAGGGGGGGCAGAUAAAACAGGAGAGACAGGAGAUGCAGGAGACACGGGAGGGACUGGAACGACUGCGAGCAUAGGAAGAGAGGGGGACACGGAGCAGGAUUUGAACAAGGGCAAGGCAGAGAUGGAUGGAGGGUUUGUUGGAGGCAAGACACAGGAAGUUAUUGAGGGAGGCAAGGCAGAGGGUGGCAUGGGUGUUGACGAGAUUGACAAGACACAGCAUGUGAAGGAGAAGCAUGAGGCAUCGGUUUUUAAGGAGGGCUGCAGUAGGUUGGAUAGUGCUGACUUUGCUAGUGCUGAGCCUAAGAGCAGCAGAGAGGGUGUGACGAUUGACUGUGCUGCUACUGCGGAUGACCAACAAGUGCAGCACAGGAGGAAGAGGCGAGCGGUUGGGUGGGGCACCACGACCCAGAUCCUACUCCCUGUACCUCCCCGACGCCCCUCUGCACCGCACCCAACCUGGUUAUCUUCACCACAAGGACAAGCCGCAGCAACAACAGCAACAGCAGCAGCUGUGGCAACUGCUGUAGGGCCGGUUCAGUUUACGCCCCUGGGUGCAGGUCUGUGUAUGAGUCCUCACUCUGGCGUGUGUGCCGGCAAUGGCUUUAAGAGGCCUGUCGCUGCUGCCGGUGGUGGUGCCUGUGCAUCUGCUGGUAUAGCAGGGCACAUGCUUACAACCCCUGGGGCAGCAGCAGUGCCAGGGGCUCUGGCCAAGGGUGAUUUGACAACCACUCCUGUGAAACCUCUUACCUCUGCUACUGCUCUUGCUGCUCUAGUUGUUCCAGCUGCUGACUCACUUGUCAAAUCUGCUUGUUUCCAAGCCGUCUAA